AUGGACAACAGAACAGCACUGACGUUCAAAAUGACUGCCUAUGCAGCCUUUGAAAACCACAAAUAUGAGUUCUUUGUUCUGUUUCUCUUACUGUAUGUUAUUACUGUCUUUUUAAACUCACUGCUGAUUACUGUCAUACACCAGAUCAAAGAACUGCAUCAGCCUAUGAAUGUGUUCACCUGCCUGCUGUCUCUUAACGAACUAUACGGCAGUACUGCAUUAUUUCCUGCAACUUUGUCUCUGCUCUUAUCUGACACCAAUGAAGCAGCUAUAAAAUGGUGUAUGGCUCAAGUGUAUUUCUUGCACACAUAUGCCGGUGCUGAGUUCUGUAUUUUAGCUAUUAUGGGAUAUGAUCGAUAUAUUGCUAUCUGUCACCCACUACAUUACCACAGCAUCAUGUCUAACUCACGUGUAAGCAAACUUGUAGCUCUGACAACUCUAUACCCAUUAAUUAUAUUUGGUUGUUAUUACUCCUUAACCCUACAACUGACAUUCUGUGGAAAAUUUAUACCCAAGAUGUACUGUGUGAAUAUGGAGCUUGUGAAAAAUGCAUGUUCCACUAAUUUUUAUAUAAGCAUUGUGGGACUUGCGCUUAUUUUCUUAAUGGUUGUCCCUCAGCUGUUGAUGAUUGUUUUCUCUUAUGCGCAAAUUUCAAGAGUGUGCCGAACAUUAUCAAAAGAAUCUCAAGGCAAUGCUCUUAGAACAUGUAUUCCACAUUUGUUAUCUCUGGUGAACUACACCAUAGGCUCCUUAUUUGAGAUAAUCCAAACUCGAUUCAAUAUGAGUUACGUUGCUCUUGAGGCACGGAUCUUUUUGUCAUUAUACUUUGUCAUCAUUCCCCCAAUAACGAAUCCAGUGCUGUAUGGACUUGGAACACAGAUCGUGAGAGUUCACAUACUGAAGCUGUUGAUCAGAUACAAAAUCCAUCCAGCGAAGAUAAAAAAGGUGGUGACUGAUGAAUCACUUCCCUCCACCUCCUCAGUGCCAUGCAACUCCAACGCUACACAGACCAGUGCAGUAGUGCUCUAUAUGACUCCAGCUUCUGCCAGGCCUUGGCAACCUCCACUGGUCCCAUACAGCACCAGAGCCAGACUGGUCAGUACCUGUACACACCAUGGCCUCAAAAGUCCACACCUGGCUGGGGAUCCUGCCAAUUAUGGCCUCUCUCCAAGUGCUGUGAACUUGACUCUGGUGUCUUUCUCCUUAGCCAACAGCCUGGCCUGCUAUGAAAUCAAUCAGUGGCAGAGACACACGUCACCAUUUCAGAAGAAAAUGCAGUUCAGUGACAGGAAGCCCAACUACUGA